AGUCUGCAUAAAGUUACUGGCAUGAAGCAAGAUGCUUUCUUACCACCGCACCUGGCCUUUCAGAGUCAGCCAGCACCAUGAGUCUACAGCCUGGGAAGUGGACAGCUAUCUUUGUGCUGUGUAUCUUGUUAGUACAUCAGCUGAAAGCGGCUCCCCUUAAUGAUGUUGGCCCCAAAAGAGCAGCGAGGCUAAGAAGGAUGACGCCAUUUUGGAGAGGACUGUCCUUGCGUCCUGUUGGUGCCUCAUGUAGAGAUGAUACUGAAUGUCUUACAAGACUGUGCAGAAAGAACCGCUGCUCCUUAAAGACAUAUGCAGAUUAAGGAAAGAACUCGGCGGGAAUACAUAAUGCAUCAAUGAAUGCUGAUACAACUAGUUCUUUCUGCUCACAUACAAGAUUAUUUAUUAGUUUUCACCUAUGUUUAACUUGCACUCAUGUUUUGUGUAUAUUUAUUGAUAUGGAAUAAAGUAUUUUAUAAUCAA